AUGGAUUCCGACGGCAAGCCGGUUGGGGUCGAGGGAUCUCCGCUCUUCUUCGACAGUGACAACAUCUCCGUCUCCUCAACAAGACGAAGCGGCGUGUACCAAGAUGGUCUUGAUGCAGAAGAGGUGUCCUCGGUAGCCACAACAACGGGCACGGCGACGACGGUAAGCUUGGUUGCUACCAACUAUCUGGGCGACGGAAACAUCUCAACCUUCGAACCGUCAACACUCGUUGAGGUCGGGAACGAGACCGUGAGACUGGAUGUGCGGAUCAGAGAUUGGUCGUUUUGCACUCCGUUCGGACGGGAUGGGGGCCGCCGGUGCAUGGCCGAGCCACAGGACAUUUUCCUCCAGAACGAGGGAGCCCUCCCGCUGCCCCCCGCCCCGCCGCCUCCACACACCCUUCUCAUCCCUCGCUGUGACGGGGAAACGGUAGCCACCUUCCGCUUCGUGUGCGACCCCAGGCUGGUGGAGUGUGCCGACGUCGUUUCGGUGAAGUACUACCUGGGAGAGGCCGACCAAGACCCCGGCCAAGCUCCCAACACGGCGACGAUUGGGGUUGCGAGGGGCAGCGGCGAGAAUGGCACCAGCACUAGCAGCAGCGGCGCGCUUGAGGAGUUUUGGGGAACCGGCGUGUACGAGCGCAACCUCACCAGGGCCGAGGUGGGCUCGUUCCUGAACGUGAGCAGUCUCACGCCGGGUCUGGACUACGUGUUUUGGUCGGUUUGGGAACACGGGAACGGCUCGGCCCCGGAAUCCAACAGCAGGGACUUCGACCUUCCAAGGGUGCAAUACUGGGGCGACAGAGAACGAGGGGGGGGGGGGGGAAGGCCGGGCGGGCGUGAUCACGGCUUCGCUGGAGCCCUUCGACUCGCAGGCGGUGUUCUCCGCGCUGUUGUUCUUCAGCAAGCGGCAACGUGGGUGGCGAUCGCAUUUGGGUUCUUGCUGUUGUGGCUUCUCGGAUGCUAUGGAGUUCGGCUUGCCAAGCAUCGCCAUGCCGCUAAGACAUGGCCUUCAGCCGUAGCUCGAGCAGCAGCUCGCUCUCAUGGGGGGCUUUUCGACGAUGACGCGAGCAGCUUUGGAAGUCCAACAAGCAGUGAGGCCGACAGCUCGAUGGGCGGAGUCAAAGAGCUCCAGAUAUUCCCAAUGAUGAUGAAGGCCGAGUUCAAAUCGAAGCUCGAGUUCUCUGACAGAUCCGAUGCCGUGAGGAGCACCUCGGCGGAAGAGGACGAACAGUCAAUUUGCGCGCCGAAGGCCCCGGGGUGGACUACUCCCGGGUCUGGGUCACUGAACUGUAUCCACGACCAAAACAGCAGCAGCAACAACAACAAAAACAACAAUGCCGACAGCAACAGGAACGUUGACAACGGCAAUAUGGCAUCAGAGGUGUUUCCUUCCCCUCCUCCUUUUCAUUACCGAGUCCCUGCUGAGGCUUUCCCUCUGACAGACGCCAUGCUAGAGCUCCCGGUUUAG